GCGCGGCAGCGGGCGGACGGGCGCUGGCGGCGGGAUGCGAUGACAUCACCGCGGCGGGACGCGCGCGGGCGGGACGGAGCGGCGCGACGGAGAGCAUAUGAAAGCUCAAUGGGGUCGUCCAAAAAUGCAAUGAAUGAGCCUGCUGAUGCAGAAGAAGGCUAUAACGUGAUGGCUUCUUUCCAGCGCUCCAACAGCCAUGACAAAGUGAGGAGGAUAGUUGCAGAAGAGGGACGUACAGCCAGGAACCUGAUUGCAUGGAGCGUCCCUCUGGAAAACAAGGAUGAUGAUGGGAAAUCCAAAUGGCAAGCUGGUGGAAAAGCAAAGACGGUGUCUCAAGGGAAACACAAGGCAGCAAAGCAGAACACUUCCCUAGACUGCAAGUUAACAGCAGCAGGAGAGAAAACCUUUGACAAAAGCCCAACAAAAGCACGGCAGCCUCGAAAAGUUGAUCUGCGAGCUCGGUACUGGGCGUUCCUCUUUGACAACCUGAGACGGGCAGUUGAUGAGAUCUACGUUACGUGUGAAUCAGAUCAGAGCGUGGUAGAAUGCAAGGAAGUCCUGAUGAUGCUCGAUAACUAUGUGAGGGACUUCAAAGCACUGAUUGACUGGAUACAGCUGCAAGAGAAGCUAGAGAAGGCUGAUGCUCAAAGCAGGCCUACUUCACUAGCCUGGGAAGUAAAGAAAAUGUCUCCAGGGCGCCACGUGAUCCCAAGUCCCUCAUCAGACAGAAUCAGUGUGACAUCAAAUGCUCGGAGAAGUUUGAAUUUUGGGAACCCAUCAGUGGCCAUUUCUGCAACGCGCCUGGCUCCUUCUGGUGUAAGCUGGGCUGAUAAGGUAAAAGCCAACCAUGGAAAAGCGGCCGGUCCUGAGUCAGCAGCUACACAAACCUGUCUGCCAGCCCCAAUACAGAAGUCAUCCCGAAAAAAUGAUCGGAAGGAUGCAGAGGGCUGGGAAACGGUUCAGCGUGGGAGGCCUGUUCGAUCUCGAUCCACUGUUGCAUUGGCAACAAAAGCUCCUGUAGCUGCAGAAUCACUCAAGUCUAGAGGUGACAGUGACAAAGAAAACGUCGUUUCACCACCAUCGGAGAAUAAGCCUGAGAAUUCACUCACGAGUGAUGGUGCACCCAAAAGCACAGAGCUUGUACAGAAAGCCCCUGUACAUCAGUCUGAACAUCCUCUUAUCGAGAGGACUCAGUUCACAGCACGCACAUCAGAAGGCAGUGCGAGCACUAAAGCACCACUGCAAGAAGAUUCCUUACAAACAGUUCCUGAGGUGCCUCCGGUUCUCACAAAUACUGAGUGCCCUCCAGCAGCUGUGCAGGUGAAUGAAGCUUCCUCUGCAGUCUCUGACAGCUUGGACCAGCAUCCAACAGAAAAAGCUACGACUGAAACUGAAAUGGAUCCCUCAGAUAUUUCAAAUGUGAGUGCUGCCAGAUUGUCUAUGGCAGAAGUCCUUGCAAAGAAGGAAGAGUUGGCAGAUCGCCUGGAGAAGGCAAACGAAGAAGCUAUUGCUAGUGCUAUUGCAGAAGAGGAGCAAUUAACUAGAGAGAUAGAAGCAGAGGAAAACAAUGACAUUAAUAUAGAAACCGACAAUGAUAGCGAUUUCUCUGCAUGUAUGGGCAAUGGAAGCAUAUCUUUUUGUGGAAUAUCUAUGGACUGGAAUGAUGUCUUGGCAGAUUAUGAAGCCCGUGAAUCGUGGCGCCAGAGUAAUUCUUGGGGAGACAGAGUGGAAGAAGAGCCUGCACGCCCGCCUGGCCACGGAAUACACAUGCAUGAGAAACUGUCAUCGCCCUCACGCAAAAGAACAAUAGCAGAAUCCAAGAAGAAACACGAAGAAAAACAAAUGAAAGCUCAACAGCUGAGAGAAAAGUUACGUGAAGAAAAGGCACUGAAGCUUCAGAAAUUAAUGGAGAGGGAGAAAGAUGUACGGAAAUGGAAAGAAGAAUUAUUAGAUCAAAGGCGCAGGAUGAUGGAGGAAAAAUUGCUCCAUGCAGAGUUCAAACGUGAAGUGCAGCUACAAGCAAUUGUGAAAAAAGCACAAGAGGAGGAAGCUAAGGUAAAUGAAAUUGCUUUUAUAAACACCUUGGAAGCUCAGAACAAACGCCAUGAUGUGCUGAAUAAAUUAAAAGAAUAUGAACAGCGCUUAAAUGAAUUGCAAGAAGAGCGUCAACGAAGGCAAGAGGAAAAGCAAGCGCGUGAUGAAGCUGUUCAGGAGCGCAAAAGAGCUCUGGAAGCAGAACGCCAAGCUCGGGUUGAAGAGUUGCUGUUGAAAAGGAAAGAACAAGAAGCACGGAUUGAACAGCAGAGGCAAGAGAAAGAGAAAGCACGGGAAGAUGCAGCACGGGAAAGGGCCAGAGAUCGAGAAGAGAGAUUGGCAGCUCUAACUGCAGCUCAACAAGAAGCUAUGGAAGAACUGCAGAAAAAGAUUCAGCUGAAGCAUGAUGAAAGUAUUAGAAGGCACAUGGAACAAAUUGAACAACGAAAAGAGAAAGCAGCUGAAUUGAGUAGUGGAAGACAUGCUAAUACUGAUUAUGCACCGAAACUCACACCGUAUGAGCGCAAAAAGCAGUGCUCGUUAUGCAAUGUGAUGAUUUCAUCAGAAGUGUACCUUUUUAGCCACAUUAAAGGGAAAAAACACCAACAAGCUGUGAGAGAGAACAGCAGCAUACAAGGACGAGAGCUUUCAGAUGAAGAAGUGGAGCACCUGUCACUAAAAAAGUACAUUGUGGAUAUCGUGGUUGAGGCUUCUGUUCCUGUGGAGCCAUUGAAAGAUGGAGAGGAGAAGCAAAAAACUAAAAAGAAAGCCAAAAAGCUGAAAGCACGGAUGAACUCCAGGGCAAAGGAAUAUGAGAGUUUGAUGGAAGCAAAAAAUACCAUCUCUGAUUCCCCGUUUAAAGCCAAGUUACAGAGAUUAGCAAAAGACCUUUCAAAGCACCUCCAAAUGCACGAUAGCUGUUCGCUGGGCAACAACAAGGUUUCUGCUCUGGACAGGACUUUAGGAGAGAUCUCUCGCAUUCUGGAAAAAGAGAACACAGCAGACCAGAUAGCGUUUCGGGCUGCAGGAGGACUGACUGCCUUGGAGCACAUUCUUCAAGCAAUGACUGCUCCCACCAAUCUGAACACAGCUUCACGGAUUCCUUUUAAGUCUCUCUGCAGUACAGUAAAUGCUUAUGGACUCACCUGCAAUAACUGUACGGAAAACUGCACCUAUAUUCUUUUUAGUAACAAGAUCACCUUUUUAAUGGACUUGUUGAUGCACCAGUUUACGGUUAAUGUUCCAGAUGACCAUAAUGCUACUUCAGGAAGAAGUGCAAAUAAGCAGGUGUUUGAAGGUCUAACAACGGGGCUCCUGAGGAUAACAGCUGUGAUUUUCAGGUGCCUAAUCUCCAGCUUCCCAGAUGGGAACAACCACUCUACAACACUGAAGAUAAUACAGGAAGUGAAAAGCAAAUCCUCACAAGUGGAAGCCUUCAGCAGCAGAAUCCAAGACUUGAUCAGUUACGUGGUGAACAUAGGAUUGAUAGACAAGUUGUGCUGCUGUUUCCUGUCCGUUCAAGGCCCUGUUGAUGAGAAUCCAAAAAUAGCAACUUUUCUACAAAAUGCCACAGCGCUGUUGCAUGGAAUAUGUCAGCUCUGCUUUGCUGUCAGUGGAAGAUCUUGGAACAUAUUUGACAGUACGCGUCAGGAUCCCACAGGGCUAACGGCGGUUCUUCAGGCUACGGAUCUGGUUGGAGUCUUGCAUAUGCUGUACUGUGUUCUUUUCCACGGCACAAUUUCAGAUCCAAACACAGCCAGUCCUAAAGACAGCUACGCAGAGAACACAAUCCAGGUUGCCAUUCAGAGUUUACGUUUCUUCAAUAGCUUUGCGGUUCUUGAUCUGCCUGCUUUCCAGUCUAUCGUUGGUGCUGAAGGACUGUCCCUUGCCUUCCGCCAUAUUAUCAGCUCGUUGCUGUGGUACUGUUCCCAGCAUACCUGUGAAGGAUUGCUACAUGAAGUCAUCAUUUGUGUGGGCUAUUUUACUGUAAACAACACAGAUAACCAGAUCAUUGUGCAGUCUGGCCGUCACCCCACCGUGCUGCAGAAGCUGUGCCAGUUGCCCUUCCAGUACUUCAGCGAUCCUCGGUUAAUCAAAGUGCUCUUCCCUUCGCUGAUAGCUGCUUGUUACAACAACCCUCAGAACAAGCUCAUUCUGGAGCAGGAGAUGAGCUGUGUGCUCCUCGCCACCUUCAUUCAGGAUUUUGCACAGAGCUCAGGCCAAAUGGAUAAUCUGUUAUCUCAGCAGAGGGGUAUGUCUCCAUUGAAUGUAACGGAGUACAACUGGGUAACAAAAUAUGUGCAUACUGUGUUUUGCUGUGACUUGGAUAUUUUUUGCAUCUGCAUCACCAUAAAAAGGAAUACAGUAAACUGCAAAAUGAUUUUCCAGUCUUGGGAGAGGCUCUCUAGCUUAAAAUCUGACCUGAAAGUAUGCGACUUCCAGUCUUUGCUCACAGUAUCAGGAAUCUGGGCUGUUAAUCUUUAUUAAACGCUACGUGGUAUUCUGUCUUAAAACGUGAUACUGUACGUGCACGUAUUUAAUUAGCUGUCACAAAGGCUGCUUUCAAAAGUCUUAGGUUACAGCAGCCGUGCUGCCAUCCCAACACACCCGAGGAGCCAGAAAUUAGUAAAAUACUGUCCUGUAAUUAUUCCACCAAGUUCCUUGGGCUGCAGGAGUUGCAUUGUUUUCCGAGUUGUAAAUACUGCAUAAAAAACAGCUAAGCCACCUAUGCUGGCCAGUUGGAAGGCGCUCAGCUAAGGCAGCUCUUGCUCAUUAAAUAGAUGGGAAAUUGAAGUAUGCUGGUGGGGAAAACAUCUGGAGUCACCCACGUUUUGCAUGAAGUGCAUCUCCCAUUUCUCCCUCAUAGUGGGCAGAGUUUCACCACAGCAUUGCUGGGGGGUUGGCAGGGGAGGAAUGGUUCUAGCUCUAAGUCACAAGAUUUUUAAAAAUACACUGCAAAAUGAAGGUAGGUAUGGUGUGAUUUUUACUGUCGGCAUUCAUCCCUUCCAGUCUGAGGCAGCCUCGUGCAAUGUCUGCAAAACAAACUUUCCAGAAUUAAUGUGUUUGCAUGAGAAUCAGCUUGAGAAACAGCUAAAAUUCAAGCAGGGAACUGCUUUUUAUUUUCAUUAUUCAAACGGAAUGAGCUUUUAAACAAAGAUGACUACGUGGUGACAUGAGAGUGUGAUUUCUAAACAUUCCCCAGAUGCAAAAAGAGGGGAUAAUAAUAGCAGCAUAGGCAGGAUUAUUUUUAUCUAUUUUAUCAUGCCAGUGUGAAGGGCAGCAUCCCCCCCAAAAUGCAAACAGGAACAAAAAUACUGCUUAUAACCAGGAGGGGAAUGGCUCUUUUCGAGGGUGGAUAGUGAUAGCACGAGGGGGAAUGGUUUUAAACUGAGACAGGGGAGGUUUAGGUUGGAUAUGAGGAGGAAGUUUUUCACCCAGAGGGUGGUGAGGCACUGGAACAGGUUGCCCAAGGAGGCUGUGGAUGCCCCAUCCCUGCAGGCAUUCAAGGCCAGGCUGGAUGUGGCUCUGGGCAGCCUGGGCUGCUGGUUGGCGACCUGCACACAGCAGGGGGUUGGAGCUGGAUGAAUAUUGUGAUCUUUUUCAACCCAGGCCAUUCUAUGAUUAAAAGAGAUCUUGGGAGUUCUCCACUGCUCGGUUCAGGGUUGGGCCUCGCAAACCUUGGCACAUGUGUGCAGCCUGCUGUCCUCAUGGGAAAGCUGUGGGUCUGGGGGCUGAGGAGCAGCUGCUGAGGAGGAGGCAGGGCCGGAUGGGAGCACGCACCGAACGCUGUGGGCUCAGAGCCCUGCGCUCACCUCCCUGCAUGGCGUGAGGAUUGGAGGGGGGGGGGGGUGAGGAGGUGACGUGGCCGGAGUUGGCCGCCUGUUCAUUAUUCUUGUUUUAUUGCCAUCUUUCUGAAGAGGGAAUAACCGGAUAAUUUUACCUUCUGUCUC